UAUGGAGGGAGUACAUAUCAUUAAUGAACUUUUUGUUUCCAUUUUCAAGCUAUUGCCAUUGCUAGUUGUUUUAUGAAUGAGGGCCCUACACUCAUUGUUUGUCCAGCUAUUUUAAGAUACUCAUGGGCAGAAGAAUUGGAGCAUUGGAUUUCAUGUUUGCCUUCUGAUAUCCAUCUUGUGUGCAAUCAGCCUAUCAAUUGGUGGAGUACAAGAUUGAAAUGAACCAUAUAUGUUAUAACCUGGCAGACCAAAAGCACUGCCCAUCUUUGUGGCCUCAAUAGUACUUCAAUGUUGAACUGGCUUGAUCCCUGUUGCAUUAAUGUUGUUGUCAUUUGUGAUCCUGCCAUUUCCUUAUUUUCAAGAGAACCUGAUUCGCGAUGAUAGCAAACUUGUUCUUUUGGCAUUCUUGAGCGAUUCAUUGGAAUUUGUUGCAGACUUUGUAGAAGGACCUUGUGGGCAGUGGAACAACUUCGAGAGAGAACAAUCUAAAAGAGAUUGCGGGUGGAGUCAUCUCGCAAAGUCAGGCAGGCACAUUUUCAAGGGAUGUAGAGUUCCAAAGUUUGCAUAGUCACAUACCCUCAUUAUGACAUAUUAGUACAACACCUGAUGGACAUAAAAUAUUAUGAUUAAU